AUGCUUGAACAAUAUUCAAAUAAUUUGGAAGAUUUAAUUAAAGAACGAACAACACAACUUGAAGAAGAAAAGAAAAAAACAGAUAAAUUAUUAUCACAAAUGUUACCACCGAGUGUUGCUGAUAGUCUUAAAUCGGGUAAAGCUGUUGAAGCUGUUUGGUAUGAAUGUGUAACAAUUUAUUUUUCUGAUAUUGUGGGAUUUACAACAAUAUCAGCAUUGAGUAGUCCAAUGGAAGUUGUUGAUUUACUCAAUGAUUUAUAUACAAUGUUUGAUUCAAUUCUAGAAGAUUUUGAUUGUUAUAAGGUUGAAACUAUCGGUGAUGCAUAUAUGGUUGUUAGUGGUCUACCAAUUGAAAAUGGUAAUAAACAUGCUUCAGAAAUAGCUACUAUGGCAUUAACAUUAUUACAUGCUUGUGGUAAAUUUAAAAUUCGUCAUAUGCCUGGUGUACCAUUACAAUUACGUAUUGGAUUACAUUCAGGUGCAUGUGUUGCUGGUGUUGUUGGUCUUAAAAUGCCUCGAUAUUGUUUAUUUGGUGAUACAGUUAAUACAGCUUCUCGAAUGGAAUCAACUGGCAUGGCUUAUCGUAUUCAUUCAAGUGAAACAACGGCUGGAUUAUUAGAAGAAAUUCAUGGUUUUCAUUUAGAAUAUCGUGGAGUUACAGAAAUUAAAGGUCGGGGUAAUUAUAAAACUUAUUGGCUUACAGGAAAAGAUGGUUUUGAUAAGGAAUUACCACCACCAGUUAUAUCUGAAAAUAAUCAUGGUCUUGACAAAGAAUUAGUAAAAUUAGCUGAAAAAAGUGCUCGUGAACGGGAAAAACGUGAACGAGAAAAACAUGAACGUGAAACUCAACAAAAACUACCACAAGCAGCUAUAACAACAACGGCAGCAAUAACAACAACAACAACAACAACUGUACUAUUUAAUAAUCAAAUACAAGUCCAACCAACUAUUGAAACUAUUGCCUUGGAUCAAAAACCAAGACAAUCUAGAAGCUCUUACGCUUCAAUGUCUAAUAACACUAAUCAUGAUAUGAAUAAAACAGAAGAUCUAUUGAGAUUUACGCCACCACCACCUGAUCAACGAACAUCAGUAACGUCAAACUCCACAAAUAAAUUCCCAACAUCUAAUGAACUUCCAGCUAAAUUACAACAAAUGGAUGGACCUAGUGGACCUGUAAGAAAAUCAACGAAAGCAAAAUGGUAA